GCGGCGAACAUAAAUUCAACCUACAAAUUUGGUAUUAGCAGAUCAAAAAUUCCCAGUUUAAAGCCCACAAAAACAAAAAAAAUUCAUGAAUAAACGAAAUGAGAAAGACAAUGAAGAUGAAAGCCUAUCAACGUCGGAUUCGCAGGGUCAAGUGAUAAUAAAUAUGCCAUCCGUCGUAGAUCUUGCUCAUGUUUUGUACCUGCCGGAUGCAAAUUUGGGCGCCACUGAGACGGAGGAUUCUGGUAAUCACAACCAGGAGUUGGAAUCGGAUCAAGGGGAUGAAAUGGUGGACAGGCGAGAGACUUUUGAGUUAGAAGAUGCUCCCAGCACAAGUGCCCAGUCAAAAGAAAGGCGGCAAUUAGAAGAACUGAAGUCUUUGUCCAUAGGAAAUCCCCAGUUAAAGUUGGCUAAUGUGGAGGCUCCUAACCGAAUGCAUAAUGUACUGGAAUUACUUCAUCGCUUCGCCCGCAACUUGGACGUCAUUGAGGCGCGUUUAACGGAGGAUGCCCGCCCAGCGGUGGUUCUGCAAGUGCCGCAAUACUACGAACUGGGCACCCAGACCGCUGAGGUGCUAUCAGCACCCAGGCGUUGUCGUUUGGAUCUGACCACUUUGAGAACUGAUCCGAAUCGUGCGCCCUGCGAACGAUCCCAUCACACCAUCACCAUCAGUGGCAAUACUCUGCCGCCCAAUCGUCCCCAGCUUCGGCAGACUUUCUGCGCGAGAAUUGGUCGAUCAAUUUGUGAUUUUGCCGGCGCCUUUUGCCUGUGCCUGCAGGUCAACAAGGACUGUGUCUUCUGUCUGGGCUUCUUUGUGGCCUUCGUGAUCAGUGCCAGUUUCCUCACCGCCUUCUUUUACCGAACGCUCAGCUUUACCGCGUCACCCGCAGUGCGGGUGGCCGCUAAUCCGGUGACUGGCACUGCGCACUACGAACUGGUCACUCUGAGGUUCAACGGGGGGUACUACUACAUCUACAACAGCAACCAACAUUAAUUUCCUUAGUCUAAUUGGUCUUGUGUUUUAUUUUGGUGCGGGGUCAGCCUAGUCAAAAUUAUUUAUUGCUAUUGUAAGG